CCUUUAUUCAACAAUGGUAAACACUAAAAACGGGGAAACCAGCAAGCCACCAGCUGAAAAGCAGCAGAAAAAUGAAUCCAAGCCUGUUGACGAAACCAAGGGAAACCAAGGAAAGACAGAUAAAAAAGAGCAGGAAGAGGAGUUGUCUGAGGAGGAUCAGCAAUUGAAGAGCGAACUCGAGUUGCUUGUAGAAAGACUUCAGGACAAGGAUGUCAAGCUCCAUCGCCCUGCCUUAGAACAUCUUCGUACUUUGAUUCGCACAUCUACCAGCUCAAUGACCUCCGUGCCUAAACCCCUUAAAUUCUUGAGCCCUCAUUACCCUUUACUCAAGGAGCUUCAUAAAAGCUGGAGUGAAUCUGGAGACAAGAAAUUAUUUGCCGAUAUUCUUUCUGUUCUCUCAAUGACAUAUGCAGAAGAGGGUGAAAGAGCUGCACUACACUACCGUAUGAUCGGCUCUACCGAAGAAGAUAUUGGCUCAUGGGGACAUGAAUACGUUAGACAUAUCUCAGGUGAAAUUAUGUUGGAGUAUGAAACUCGAACCGAUGAAGAAAAGGAUACAGAGGACUUGCUUGUCUUGGCCCUCAAGGUCGUUCCUUUCUUCCUUCACCACAAUGCCGAAGCAGAUGCUGUUGACCUUUUGCUUGGAUUGGAAGCAAUUGAAAAACUUGCUCAGUUUGUAGACAAGGAUACAUAUGAGCGCGUCUGUCUCUAUAUGUUGGGCUGUGUAAAUCUUCUUGCUUCUCCUGAUGAUGUUCUUUUUAUGAAGACUGCAAGAGUUAUUUACCGUAAGCAAGAAAAGUAUGCCCAGGCAUUGAAUUUGUCGAUUCGUAUGGGUGACAUGGAUCUUAUCAAGGAAGAUUUCAACUCUUGCCCUGAUCCUUUGUUGAAGAAGCAAAUGGCAUUUUUGUUGGCAAGACAGCAGAUCCACAUCGAGACAGACGAUGUUGAGCUCAGCGAGUGCCUCAACAAUGCUCAUCUUUCCCACCAUUUCAUCGCUCUUGCACAAGAAUUGGCUGUACUAGAGCCCAAGGUCCCCGAAGAUAUUUACAAGAGCCAUCUUGAGAACCAUCGUACCGCAUUUAGCGCCAAUGUCGAUUCUGCUAGAAAUAACUUGGCCUCUACCUUUGUAAAUGCAUUCGUGAAUGCUGGUUUUGGGAAGGACAAACUUGUAAUGGUCGACGAAGAAGAACAAUCAACCUCGUGGAUUUUCAAAACAAAAGACCAUGGCAUGAUCAGCUCUACAGCAUCUCUUGGUUUGAUUUCCCUUUGGGAUGUUGAGAUGGGCUUGUCUGUUAUUGACAAGUAUAUGUAUGUUGAGGAUGACAAUAUUAAGGCCGGUGCACUUUUGGCUAUUGGUAUUCUCAACUCUGGUGUAAGAGAAGAAUCUGACCCUGCAAUCGCAUUGCUCUCCGAGUAUAUGGAUAACAACAGUGUGGUCGUUAGACAAUCUGCAAUCUUUGGUCUUGGUUUGGCUUAUGCUGGAUCUGCUCGGGAGGAUAUCGCCGAGUUGUUGCUUCCUAUUGUGAGUGACGCUGCCUUGUCCAUGGAGUUGUCUUCUAUGGCCGCACUUGCUCUUGGAAUGGUCUUUGUUGGAACUUCCAACGGUGAUAUCACUAGCACAAUUUUGUUGACAAUGAUGGAGCGCGAAGAGAGUGAACUGAAGGAUUCAUGGUCAAGAUUCAUGGCAUUGGGUCUUGGUCUCUUGUAUCUUGGAAAGCAGGAUGCUUCAGAGGCAACACUUGAGGCACUCAAGACUAUUGAGCAUCCUCUUGGCAAACAGGCUGAAGUGCUUGUUGAAGCUCUUUCAUAUGCUGGAACUGGAAAUGUCUUGAAGGUCCAGAAGAUGCUUCACCUUUGCAACGAUCAUUUGGAUAAAGAGAAAGAGGAUGAUACGCAUCAGACCUACGCCACUCUUGGCGUUGCUCUUAUUGCUAUGGGUGAAGACAUUGGUUCUGAAAUGUCAUUGCGUACAUUUAACCACCUUAUGCACUAUGGAGAGUCUGUAACUCGCCGAGCAGUACCUCUUGCAUUAGGUUUACUCUGUGCUUCUAACCCUCUCGUCAACAUCCUUGAUACUCUUAGCAAGUACUCCCACGAUAAUGAUAGUGAGGUAGCUAUUAGUGCAAUCUUUGCCAUGGGUAUUGUCGGUGCUGGUACAAACAACGCCCGUCUGGCACAAAUGCUGAGACAGCUCGCAAGCUUCUACCACAAGGAUGCCACGACUUUGUUUAUUGUCCGCAUUGCACAAGGCCUGUUGCAUAUGGCCAAGGGAACCAUGACUCUUAACCCCUUCCACACUGAUCGACAAAUAAUGUCGCCUGUUGCCAUGGCCGGUUUGCUCACUACUAUUAUUGCAUUCACCGACCACAAGACAUUUGUUUUGGGUAAAUCUCAUUACUUGAUAUACUCCCUUGUCACUGCCAUGUACCCUCGCUUCUUGAUCACUUUUGAUGAGAACCUUAACAGCCUCCCUGUCACUGUUCGUGUUGGACAGGCUGUUGAUGUGGUAGGACAAGCAGGUCGACCAAAGACCAUUACUGGUUUCCAGACACAUUCUACUCCAGUGUUGCUUGCUCAUUCUGAACGUGCCGAGCUGGCAACAGAAGAAUACAUAUGCUUGGCUCCUGUGCUGGAAGGCAUUGUAUUGUUGCGAAAAAACCCAGAAUACAUGGAGGAAGACAAAGAGUAAAACAUACAAUAUUUCUAUUGCCAGAAUAAAGACUUGAAUUGAAUUGAAUUGAACAGCUUAGUUGUUGAUGUUUGAAUAUAUAUAUAAAUAAAUAAAAGGACAGAAAGAAAUAAAAAAAAUAUGCUGUUUAUUGGAAACUAUUUUGUGCUGUUUAAUUUGUGUGUUGUCAUGACAAGUCUCUCGCUGAUGGGAUCGACCUUUUCAGUAACCUUGGUUAAAUGUUUGUUCUGGCUGUCAAGCUCAUCCCUCAUUGAAAGCGCCAUGUUCUUAAUUCUUGAGGUAGCAUCACCCAAAAGAUCCAAGUUUUCAUCAAGCUCAUCUUCUACCGCAUCAUCCUCCUCAUCGGCUUCAAACUGAUAGCGUCUCUUAUCCUCAUCUGAUCUUCCUCUGCGAUAACCUCCGUUGCUUCCAGGACCACGCUGUGCCUGGCGUUGUGCACUUUCCACACGUGCCUGAGACUCAUACUCAAACUGACGAAUAUCCUCUCUCUCAUUCAUAUGUUCGGCAUGAUCCUGUCUACGAGCCUCCAACUCCUUGCGUUCUCGUGAACCCUUUGUGAACGGAUUGGAUAUGACAGGGAUGAAAAUGGAUCUAUUUAAUUGCUUGAGUUCGGAAGCCUGGGCAGCUGCACGAUCAGAAUAAGCUUUGGAAAGAUCGAGGUUGCGGUCGACAUUGGCAAUUUGGGUUGAUUGUUGACCUAAGAGGUUCAUUGUGUUUGCUGCGGCUUGCUCAGUCUCAUGAAUCUUCUGAAGAGCAUUGCGGGUACUUGCAAGAGACUCCUGCUUGACGUUGCGGAUUUGUUGCUUUAAACCAGAAACCUCCUGCUCCUGAUCCUCUUCUUGUUGCUGCUGACCAAAGCGGCUGGAGCCAUAUGCGUCUUGUUCAUCUUGAUCAUUAUAUGAGUUGUAGCGUCUGCUUGGUGCAGCACCUGAAAAGAGAUCAUUGCGUGCACUUUCUUCAUUUGUAUCUUGGUUCUUUCUUGAGCCAUAUCUUCCACCAGAAGAAUAGCUUUCUUCACUGUAUGAUUGAUUUGAGGUAGGUUCGGGUGUAGAUACAUAUGAUGGAGGGUUGGUUGACUGGGUAGACUGAGAGUACUGAGAGGCAUUGUCCUCCUCGAAGGGGUUCUUGGGAGUUUUAUCUUUCUUGCGCCAGAACAUUGUGUAGAUGAAGAUGAAU